GCUGCGCUUUUCUCACAGAGUGAUUACGAGAGAAAUUUGCAGAGCCAAAGUGAAAGAAGAAAGAAGAAGCAAGAAGAAAAACAAACACAAUUCCAAAUCCAAAUCCAAAUCCAAAGAAAAACCCAUUCUCAUCUUAUCUAACUGAAACUAAAACAACACUCACUCACUUUCCCGAACGACCCACUUCUUCUUUUUCAGCUCAACUUCUCUGUUCCUCUUGGAGUUUCAUUUUUCCCUCUUUGAGCUCAGAAAUGGAGCAGAUCAUGGCAGUUUACAAGAUUCAGGCCUGUGGAAUAGUGUAGGUGCUUUCAGGAGAAAGCGCUUAUCGCUGUUCCUGCUCUGUUUCACUCCCACUACACCUUUUCGUCUCUUUUUCAAGCUUUCGGCUCGCCGGAGCAUGGCUUGCCGGAGAAGAAUUGUCGGAAAUCUUGACCCAGAAAGGAAAAGGAGCGGUGGUUUGAGAACGAAGCAGGCGGGGAGAGGAUCAUGCCGUGGAAGUUAGAAAUUAGAAUGGGGAAAUCGGAAAUAGCUUGGGAAAUGUACGGUCUCUCCAGCGCUCGAGCAUUUUAAGUUCUUAUUCUCUACUGUUUCCUGCAUGUUUUGAUAAAAAUUUUCCAAGUUUUUGAGAUAAACAAACAAAACAUUGGAUUCGAGCUCUGCUUCUGUUGCUAUGGGGUUUUUGCUUAAAGAGAUGCUUAAGGCUCUUUGCGGUUCGAAUCAAUGGUCUUAUGCUGUGUUCUGGAAGAUCGGUUGCCAAAAUACCAAGCUCCUAAUUUGGGAAGAAUGCCAUUACCAACUCUUACCCAGCUUUGAGUCUUCUGGAAGUGGGAGUUCCAAAUUACCUCCUGGGGAAUGGGAAGGAUGUUGGGGAUAUUCCCAAAGUUCCUCCACUCAACAAGCAAAUCAUGUGGAGGACAAACUUUAUUCACUAAUUAACAAGAUGUCAAAUAAACAGAUUAGUUUAGUUGGUGAAGGGAUUGUCGGGCGAGCUGCAUUUACAGGAAACCAUCAGUGGAUUCUGUCAAGCAAUUACACCGGAGAUGCUUAUCCACCAGAGGUUCUUAAUGAGUUGCAUCAACAAUUUUUGGCUGGAAUGCAGACCGUCGCAGUUAUUCCGGUUCUUCCUCAUGGAGUUGUACAGCUGGGCUCGUCCUUUGCUAUCAUGGAGAACUCGAUGAUUAUAAACGAUGUGAAGAAUUUGAUACUGCAUUUAGGGUCUGUACCUGGUGCUCUUCUUUCUGAGACUUAUGAUGGAAAAGAUCCAGUUGAGAAAAUUGGCGUCCCUGUGACACUAGGAAUGACUGGACUUACAGACCCUUCUCAAAAUUGCAAUGUGAUGAAACCUUUAACGACGGAUGACAAUUGCAACCCACUAGACAACUCUUUGCUAGCUUCUAGGUCCAGUCAGCCGUCUAAUUUGCUGUUCCGAGAGAUUCGGUCUAACAAUCAUCUUGCUGCUUCUUCAACAUUACAAAGUCCUCACUUGACUCAAGGUUUGGCAAUGCCUCAUCAAAAUCUGGGUCUAUCAAAAGUUACUCAAGCGAUGAAGCCGAAUCUUCCUUCAAGAGACAAUUUGGAGUAUGGACGUGCCAGAGCUGAAGUGAUUCUUCCAAAUCCCGAGGCACGGUUUCACCAGCAGGCUUCUUUUAGUUCUUUUUACAACUCCCAAUCUGGUGUUUCGUCAACUGCUGGGCAUAGCAGCUUGAAACUAGUCGGAAAUCAGAAUCUUUCAGCUGUUAGCAUACAGCAGGAUGUUUAUAACUGUUUAAAUUCAUCAAAUAGUUGUAACCUGUCUCAACUGGUAACACAUGGUGGCAGAACAAUUGAUAACGAAAAUAGUUCCGUGACCACCAAUCAUCCAUUAAUUGAAAGCAGGCAGUCAAAGGAAAAGAAAAAUAUUGGUUCAAAGCAAUUUUCAGUUCCAGUCUCCAUUUCUAAUGACCAUGGGGCAACUGGCAAAGGUGUUAAUGGGGGUGAGCAGGGUGGAAUAGAGGUGCAAAAUGGUCUCAAGUCCAAGGCCGAGGAGGUUUCUUUAUCUGGUGGGAUAGAUUGUGCGGUUACACCAGGUCAACAGUCACAAGAGAAUUCAAGUGAAAAAGCAAUAUUGGAAGCUAUGAAGAGUUCUCAAUUGAAACUAUCUCCAUCAGCAGAUAAUGAUUUAUUUGAAGCUCUUAAUACUACAUGGACUCAACUGGAGAGUGCCAUGUCCUUGAAUGACUAUAUGUCUGGCCUUUCUAAUGAUUACUUGAACCAUUUUAGUGGAUUUGAGAGCUCAAGACUCCCGCAUAUUAAAAAUGAACAAACUUGUAUUCUAUCCUCUUCAGGUGAUGACUUGUUUGAUAUUCUUGGUGUGGAGUAUAAGAAUAAACUACUCACUAGCAACUGGAAUAGUUUAUCUGAGAGUGUGCAUAAUGAGGACCGAAAGAAUUCUUAUGCAUCUCAGAUAAUGAAUGUGCUCGAGGCUGGUUUGAGCUCAAAUAUCUCUUCUACGAGUAGAAAAAUACCCGAAUCGGGAAUCAAUUCAAUCACAGCCUCUGACCAACUUUUAGAUGCUGUAGUCUCCAGAGGUCACUCGGCCAUCAAGCAGAGUUCAGAUGAUAGCACUUCUUGUAGGACAACACUGACUAAAAUCAGUAACUCCUCUGGUCCAAGUAGCUUGAUAUAUGGACAGCCAAGUGCAUCCAAUCACAUGCAGAGGGGGGUUUUUGGCAUCCCUAAGUCUCUGGGUGAAGUAGGGACCUUAGAUAAUAGUUCUUUCAGAUCGGGUUGUAGACAAAAUGAUAUGCCAAAUUGUUCUCAAAGUUCUUCAGUUUAUGGAUCUCAAUGUUCAUGGGUUGAACAGGGAGAUAAUUUGAAGCGUGACAGUAGUGUGUCAACAGCCUAUUCUAAGAGGCCUGAUGAAGUGAAUAAAUCGAGUCGCAAAAGGCUUAAACCUGGAGAGAACCCUAGACCAAGGCCCAAAGAUCGCCAGAUGAUACAAGAUCGUGUAAAGGAGUUGCGGGAGAUUGUGCCAAAUGGAGCAAAAUGUAGCAUAGAUGCAUUACUUGAAAAAACUAUCAAGCAUAUGCUUUUCCUGCAAAGUGUCACAAAGCAUGCAGACAAGUUAAAACAGACUGGAGAGUCUAAGAUCAUCAGCAGAGAAGGUGGACUCUUUCUAAAUGACAACUUUGAGGGUGGGGCAACGUGGGCGUUUGAGGUUGGUUCACAAACUAUGGUCUGCCCUAUCAUAGUUGAAGAUUUGAAUCCGCCACGUCAGAUGCUCGUGGAGAUGCUUUGUGAAGAGAGAGGUUUCUUUUUGGAAAUAGCUGAUUUGAUCCGUGGAAUGGGCUUGACCAUACUGAAAGGAGUGAUGGAGGCACGGGACGACAAGAUAUGGGCACGGUUUGCUGUUGAGGCUAACAGGGAUGUGACCCGAAUGGAAAUAUUCAUGUCGCUCGUUCGCCUGUUGGAUCAGACACUGAAAGGCAACAAUGUGUCGAUGACAAAUGCGAUAGAUAACAGCCAUAUGAUUGUUCACAACUCCUUACCUCAGUCGACCCCGAUCUCUGCAACUGGCAGGCCUGGUAGCUUGCAGUGAGCAGCUGCCUGCUCUACAAAUUCUCAUGGGGAUGUUGAGAGCGAGCCUUGAUAUCGCUUGCAAUGACUAACAUGUUUCCAGUUCCAAGGUCUGUGGUUGUUCUAACCUUUUUGGCUGAUUUCUUUCUCAACAGUUUGCGAAAUCAGGGUUGUAAAACUUGGAACUGAACUCAGUAUUAGAGGUGAAGCUUUGCUUAGUUUAUUUUAGGGGUGUUAUUUUCUCUAUGAAUAUAUAAUUGUUUUUGAUCAAAUGGGGAUCUGCUGUCCUCCAUCACAAAACCUUAGGGGGGAACUAGGUUUUUAUACCUUUAUCUACAUGAAAUGUUAACUGUAAAAGGUCAUAAAUUAUGUUGUGAUUGUAAUGUUGGGUUAAGUUAUGUACCAAACAACUAUGAUGCUUAGAAGUCGUUUAUUAGUUCAAAUUUUCACAAGAGUUCCAAAGAACAGAUUCAUAGUUCAAGUUUAUUCGAUUUGCGUACCCAAUGAAAUUGUGGAGUGUAACCUCAUAAGUGAGGUAUUUGGAUUA